AUGCCUCCGUUGUCAUGGAGACAUUUGAUGCCUCUCUGGUAUCCAUCAUCGAACAUCGUCAAGCUUCCUCCAUGGACAUCGUCGAGAUACCCUCUCAUCUUCGAGCAGAAUCAGAUGUUGGCUCUACGACGGUGA